CUGUCUGGUCCGCAGCGGCAACAGUAGCGAAUAGUAAGGCUAUCUUCCCUGUGAAGGAGGAACUAGUUCCAGAUGGAAAUGAAUGGAAAGCAGGCAUCUCUUCGUUUUAAGGAAGGAUUACUCUGUGAGAUAAAUGGACUGCUGAAUUAUGAAGUAUUUCAGACCCAAUAGUAGAACAUCACUCUGCCACUCACUCCUUUAUCUCCUACUAGUUAUUUAAAUUGGACUUUUAAUAUCCUACCAGCUGCUCUUUAGACACACAUGGUGCAUUGUUGCCAUUCCCCGGAUUGCAUCUUUGAAACACAGGCUCUGAGUAACCUUCAGCGAACAAAGAGGCAACCUCCCAGAUACGUCUACUGGGAGGGAGUCAUCCUGACUGCCCUCUAGCUUUUGCUGCAUCUGUAUUUGAAUUCCACCAUGGAGCCUCGCAUGGAGUCCUGCCUGGCACAGGUGUUGCAGAAGGAUGUGGGGAAACGACUGCAGGUUGGCCAAGAACUUAUAGACUAUUUCUCAGACAAACAGAAAUCUGCUGACCUUGAACAUGACCAGACCAUGUUAGAUAAACUUGUGGAUGGACUCGCUACCUCUUGGGUGAACUCUAGCAAUUACAAGGUGGUUCUUCUGGGCAUGGACAUCCUGUCCGCCCUGGUGACCCGGCUGCAGGAUCGCUUCAAGGCGCAGAUUGGCACAGUGCUGCCAAGUCUAAUCGACAGACUGGGAGAUGCUAAAGACUCUGUGAGGGAGCAAGACCAAACUCUGCUGCUAAAGAUCAUGGAUCAAGCUGCUAAUCCCCAGUAUGUGUGGGACAGAAUACUUGGAGGCUUCAAACACAAGAAUUUCCGUACUCGAGAAGGCAUCUGUCUCUGCCUUAUUGCAACACUGAAUGCCUCUGGAGCACAUACUUUAACACUAAGCAAGAUCGUGCCACAUAUAUGUAACUUACUUGGAGAUCCAAACAGCCAGGUUCGAGAUGCAGCAAUAAACAGCUUAGUGGAAAUUUACAGACAUGUAGGAGAACGUGUGAGGGCAGAUCUCAGUAAGAAAGGAUUGCCACAAUCCCGGUUGAAUGUAAUUUUUACAAAAUUUGAUGAAGUCCAAAAAUCUGGGAACAUGAUACAGUCUGCCAAUGAUAAAAAUUUUGAUGAUGAAGAUUCUGUGGAUGGUAAUAGACCUUCCUCUGCUAGUUCUACAUCAUCCAAGGCCCCACCAAGCUCACGGAGAAACGUUGGAAUGGGGACUACCCGCCGGCUUGGGUCAUCUUCUCUUGGAUCAAAGUCUUCAGCUGCAAAAGAAGGAGCUGGCGCUGUUGAUGAGGAGGACUUUAUUAAAGCGUUUGAUGAUGUACCUGUAGUACAGAUUUAUUCCAGCCGAGACCUUGAGGAAUCCAUAAACAAAAUUAGGGAAAUAUUAUCUGAUGACAAGCAUGAUUGGGAGCAGAGAGUAAAUGCUCUAAAAAAGAUUAGAUCUUUACUUUUGGCCGGUGCUGCUGAGUAUGAUAACUUCUUUCAACAUUUGCGUCUUUUGGACGGAGCUUUUAAACUCUCUGCUAAGGAUCUGCGGUCUCAGGUGGUGCGGGAGGCUUGCAUCACGUUGGGGCAUCUGUCAUCAGUUCUGGGGAAUAAGUUUGACCAUGGAGCUGAAGCCAUUAUGCCAACUAUCUUUAAUUUAAUUCCAAAUAGUGCCAAAAUUAUGGCCACGUCUGGUGUUGUAGCUGUUAGGUUAAUCAUUCGGCACACACACAUCCCUAGGCUAAUACCUGUCAUAACAAGCAACUGUACCUCUAAGUCUGUAGCAGUUAGAAGGCGCUGUUUUGAAUUUUUAGAUUUGCUUUUACAAGAAUGGCAGACACAUUCACUGGAACGGCACAUAUCAGUAUUAGCUGAAACAAUAAAGAAAGGAAUACAUGAUGCCGAUUCUGAAGCAAGGAUAGAAGCCAGAAAAUGUUAUUGGGGUUUCCACAGUCACUUCAGCCGAGAAGCAGAGCAUUUAUACCACACCUUGGAGUCCUCCUACCAGAAAGCCCUGCAGUCACAUUUGAAGAACUCGGACAGCAUAGUGUCUCUGCCUCAAUCUGACCGCUCGUCUUCUAGUUCUCAAGAGAGUCUGAAUCGGCCACUCCCUGCCAAAAGAAGUCCUACUGGAAGUACCACAUCUAGAGCUUCUACAGUUAGUACCAAAUCUGUGUCAACGACUGGGUCCCUGCAGCGGUCUCGAAGUGAUAUUGAUGUGAAUGCAGCAGCCAGUGCCAAAUCCAAAGUCUCCUCAUCUUCGGGAGCGGCUCCUUUCAGCUCUGCAGCGGCUUUGCCUCCAGGGUCAUAUGCAUCCUUAGAAUCCAGACACAUGAGGGAAGACAUGGAGUACGUAGGCCUGGACGCAGGUCGCAUCCGUACAAGACGGCAAAGCUCUGGGAGUGCCACCAAUGUCGCCUCUACACCCUCCGAUAAUCGGGGCCGCAGCCGCGCUAAAGUGGUUUCACAGUCUCAGCCUGGUAGCCGGUCAAGUUCCCCAGGGAAAUUGUUGGGAAGUGGUUAUGGUGGACUUGCUGGGGGAUCCUCAAGAGGCCCACCUGUGACACCAUCUUCAGAAAAACGAAGCAAGAUUCCCAGGAGUCAGGGAUGUAGCCGAGAAACAAGUCCAAACCGAAUAGGAUUAGCACGGAGCAGCCGUAUCCCUCGACCCAGCAUGAGUCAGGGGUGCAGCCGCGAUACCAGCCGUGAGAGCAGCCGAGAUACAAGCCCUGCUCGGGGCUUUCCUCCACUUGACCGAUUUGGGCUCAGCCAGCCAGGAAGAAUUCCUGGUUCUGUGAAUGCCAUGCGCGUUUUGAGCACAAGUACAGAUCUUGAAGCCGCUGUUGCUGAUGCUUUGCUGUUAGGAGACUCCAGGAGCAAGAAGAAGCCUGUGAGGAGGAGAUAUGAGCCGUAUGGGAUGUAUUCUGACGAUGAUGCCAACAGCGAUGCCUCGAGCGUUUGCUCUGAGCGCUCAUAUGGCUCCAGGAAUGGUGGCAUUCCCCAUUACCUGAGGCAGACCGAGGACGUAGCGGAAGUUCUCAACCACUGUGCAAGCUCAAACUGGUCAGAGAGGAAAGAAGGGCUUCUGGGCCUGCAGAACUUACUGAAGAGCCAAAGAACACUGAGUCGAGUAGAAUUGAAAAGAUUGUGUGAGAUCUUCACCCGGAUGUUUGCUGACCCUCAUAGCAAGGUUUUCAGUAUGUUUUUGGAGACUCUUGUGGAUUUUAUAAUAAUACACAAGGAUGACUUGCAAGACUGGCUUUUUGUUCUUCUCACACAAUUACUUAAGAAAAUGGGAGCAGAUUUACUUGGAUCUGUGCAAGCAAAAGUUCAGAAGGCUCUAGAUGUCACAAGGGACUCUUUUCCUUUUGAUCAACAAUUUAACAUUUUGAUGAGAUUUAUUGUGGAUCAAACUCAAACUCCAAACCUCAAGGUCAAAGUUGCAAUCCUGAAAUACAUUGAGUCUUUGGCCAGACAGAUGGAUCCAACAGAUUUUGUAAACUCUAGUGAGACAAGACUUGCUGUUUCUAGAAUCAUAACCUGGACAACAGAACCAAAGAGUUCAGAUGUGAGAAAGUCCCUACUUCAACGUAGUCCAGUAGGUGAGGAUUUCCCCACUAGGUCAGCUUCCACCUGCUUGGGGCCUGGACAAGGAAACUUGGAAGAAAAUUGUAAACAGGCAGCACAAAUUGUGCUAAUCUCUCUGUUUGAAUUGAACACUCCUGAAUUUACCAUGUUACUUGGUGCCUUGCCAAAAACAUUCCAGGACGGUGCCACCAAACUCCUGCAUAACCACCUCAAGAAUUCCAGUAACACCAGUGUGGGCUCUCCAAGCAAUACUAUUGGCCGGACACCCUCCCGACACACCAGCAGCAGGACCAGCCCACUGACCUCACCCACCAACUGUUCCCAUGGCGGUCUGUCUCCAAGCAUGCUGGACUUUGAUACAGAGAACCUGAACUCUGAAGAAAUCUAUAGUUCUCUGCGUGGAGUUACAGAAGCCAUUGAAAAGUUUAGUUUUCGAAGCCAAGAGGAUCUGAAUGAGCCAAUUAAACGAGAUAGCAAAAAGGACAGUGAUAUUGUGUCCCGUGAUGGGGGAGCUGCCUCCCCCGCCACUGAGGGCCGUGGCAGCAGUGAGGUGGAAGGAGGCAGGACAGCCCUGGAUAACAAGACCUCCCUCCUCAACACGCAGCCUCCACGUGCCUUCCCAGGACCGCGGGCACGAGACUACAAUCCCUAUCCCUACUCCGACACCAUCAACACCUAUGACAAGACAGCCCUGAAGGAGGCCGUGUUUGACGACGACAUGGAGCAGCUUCGAGAUGUGCCCAUCGACCACUCUGACCUGGUGGCUGACCUUCUGAAAGAGCUGUCCAACCACAAUGAGCGGGUGGAGGAGCGGAAGGGUGCCCUGCUGGAGCUGCUCAAGAUCACACGGGAAGACAGCCUGGGUGUCUGGGAGGAGCACUUCAAGACCAUCCUGCUCCUGCUGCUGGAGACCCUCGGAGACAAAGAUCAUUCAAUUCGAGCAUUAGCUUUGAGAGUUUUACGGGAAAUUUUGAGAAACCAGCCAGCAAGAUUUAAAAACUACGCUGAACUGACCAUCAUGAAGACUCUGGAAGCCCACAAAGACUCCCAUAAGGAGGUGGUGAGAGCUGCUGAGGAGGCCGCAUCCACACUGGCCAGUUCCAUCCACCCGGAGCAGUGCAUCAAAGUGCUCUGCCCCAUCAUCCAGACAGCUGACUACCCCAUCAACCUCGCUGCCAUCAAGAUGCAGACCAAAGUCGUUGAGAGGAUCGCCAAGGAGUCCUUGCUGCAGCUCCUUGCUGACAUCAUCCCAGGCUUGCUGCAGGGUUAUGACAACACUGAAAGUAGUGUGCGUAAGGCCAGCGUGUUUUGCUUAGUGGCAAUUUAUUCCGUAAUUGGAGAAGAUCUGAAACCUCACCUCGCACAGCUCACAGGGAGCAAGAUGAAGCUUCUAAACUUAUAUAUAAAGAGGGCCCAGACCACGAAUAGCAACAGCAGCUCCUCCUCUGACGUUUCCACACACAGCUAAUGGCAGCACCAGUCUCUCUGCGUAGACCCAGAAGUGAUGGGUGGUGCCUCUCAGAGACCUUUCCCCACCCCUUCAUCGACUGCCCCGUCAGUACAGGAAGGCCUGCAAAUAUUUAUUACAAUCAGUAUUUUGGUCCCUUCCAGCUUUUGUGUAGAAUCUUACUGGUAUUGAAUGUAAAGGAAGUAAGGCCUGCACUGCAGUCCUCAUAGAAAGCAGGAGUGAGAAAAGAGAAGAGCCACACUUCACAUGCCUCGUUCAGCCUGCUGAGACUGCAAACCAUGUGUGUGGUGCCCUUGGUAAAAGUCAGAGCUCUCUAGCCAAUGCUUGGUAGAAAGUAGCAUUUUUUUUUUGUCCAGUUAAUAACAGAUUUGGGGGGUGGGGUGGGUAUUACUUUGUGUUCCUCGUUCUUAGCUUAUUUUCUUAUGAAGACAGCCUGUGUGGGGCAAAGCUCACCCCCUUCACAGCCAUCAUCAUGAAAGGUUGUAUGUCUUCAAAACAAGUCUUUAAAGACUUGUUUUGAGACCUACUAAAAAUGGAAUCAAGUCUUGGCAAGAAAAGAAGAAAAGCCUGAAGAUGGUCUUUAAUAAGCACCUGGAAUUCCACUUAUCAUAUCCAGACUGGUGGCCAACUGCCUGGCUUUUGGCACAGAAUCUGAAGGGAUUUCCCCCUCAGUGUCCUUCUAGCCCCCUCUGAACAACUCCACAGAUGCGUUCCUAUUACAGAGCUUCCAUUCGAAAGAAUUCUUAAAGUGAAAACACAAAAAUAAGAUAAAUUUAAAGCAUCACUUAGGGAUGCCUGAAAUGGCAUUUCAUGAAGCCCAGAAGAUAAAACAGAAGUGGUCUGUCUUACAACUAAGACCUGGGGGAAACACUGUGGUUAUGGGCAUUCUCCCAGGACCCUUGUAUUUGAGGGCAGUUGCUGAUUCAGAUUUAGCUCCGUGUUCUUUCCUCUCUUCCCAAGCUUUGCCUAAGCUGUUCGGAUCUAAAAUGUUCUCAGUUGAUCUGAUAAGUGGCAACUUUACCAUCUCAGUUUUGACUUCUCUGUUUAAUUUGGGAUUAAGAGCAAAAAGAAGUCUAGAGAGACUGGGUAUCGGAAUAUUUUUAUGUAUAAACCAAAGUACUUCCUUGAUCGUCUAUUGAAAUAGUCAUUGUUUAAGGAAAAAGUAAUUAUGAUAAGUGGCAGAUUGCAGAAAAGCAGGAUUUGAAAUACACUUUUAGAAUCUGUUUCCUUUCCUUCCAUGAGAAACCACCAGGCUCCGCUUUUUUAACCUCUUGAGGGUCUAAUUGCUCCAAUAAAAGUAACUGUAGAUUUGGAGUCUGGUUAAAUAAUUCUUGAGUAAAUUCUUAAACCAAAUGGUAAUUCUUAAUGCAAUCAUGGGGACUUCAACUGUCUCCUCUAUUUUAGAUUUUCUAAAUUGGACUGAUUUUUCCGUAAGGAAAAUGCUUCCUUUGAUAUUAAUUUGAAUGAGGCUAUUCCAAUGCAGAGUCUGCUGCAGCUGCUGGAACUGAAAGCAGAGGCUGGGGUGCCCAACCAAGUGUGUGGUUCUCACCACUAAUUUCCACAGACCCCCCCUUCUUCUCUGACCAUCCAGAUUUAAUGUGCGAAGUUGUACAAGUCAGAUAUCUUAUUUGGAAAUACACACUUAAAAUGAAGGCCUCCCUAAUGUCCAGAACCGUGAAGCCCCGGGAUGCCAUCUGUGUGUGUAUGUGUGUGGAGGGGGCAUCUCACACAUGUAGAGUACCCACUGCUGCUGUUUAGGGAACUUCAGGGGUGUGUUUUAAGUGGUUGAAUGUAACUGACUGACUUUGGCUCAGAAUAUAGCAGGACCAGGCCUUACUUUCAUUGAUAAAUACUGUUUUGUUCAUAUUUCAUUAAUAGGAUUUCUUUUUUACAUUUUACAAGUGAGUCAGGGAGUCUUUUGGUUACUCUGUUGUGGAAAUGUGUGUUCUGGCCAGGUUAUUUAUGAGUUAUUUUAUGCAGUGCAGUUAGACUUUUCUCCUUGAGCUCUGAAUCCAGGAAGCUCACUACAGCCCCCCGUGUAGUUGGGAAGGAUCUCAACCAUCGCUUCAUGGCCUCAUAGUACUCACAAAGGGCUAGCCUCGAAUGUCACUUGCUCAGUCUUCAAUCUCCUGACUUAGAGAGAGGUACAAUCACUCCGCAGAUCUCUUGACCUCAAUUCGGAAACUGCUGCCCAGCGCGCCGAGGAGACUCGCAUGCCACCGCCACCUCACCGGGAGGGCGGCCGCGCCACCGCCGCCCCUCCGAGCCCUGACAGCUGCCUUGCCGCGCCGCCGCCUCCCUGUCGGCCCCGCCACGUGGGACAGCAGAGCCCCAGAACUCUGCCUCCCUGUCUACCUGGCCGGCCCCGGCCACAGCCCCCGGCGAGGGGCCGGUCGUCUGAGUCGCGCUCCCUCCAAGCUCCUGCCGCCCUCUUCUAGCCGAGGCGCCGCCGCCUCCGGCCCCAGCGCACAGCCGGCCGCCUGGUCCACGCCGUCACUAGCUUACCUGCGCAGGUAGUGCGUGCCCUGGUCUGUCUCUCAGAUCUUCUUUUUCUUUCCCUGCCGCCCUUUAUUUAUCAAGCAUAAUAUUAUACGUUAAAGGACAGCAAAUAAGAACUUCGUAGAAUCCCACCAGGACUUUGCUAACAAUAAUGUUUGGAAAUGAAAAAUGCUCUGAAAAUAUCAGCCACCAAAAUAGUUUUGUUGGCACUGUGUUCACACGCAUGGUCCCCACACCUCCCCCUUGGGUGGGGUUUUUUUUUUUCGGGUUUUUUUGGGCUUUUUCAUGUUACAUCAAUAUCUGUAUUUAUAUCUUAUUUGUUUCACUCUCAAGUGUAUCAUGGCAAAUGUACAGAUUUUUUUUUUGUUAAUAAUGUGCUAGGAUUUGCUAAAAAAGAAAACAAUGAAAAAACCCAUUUUGAGUUUGCCUUAGAAUAAA